AUUCCCCCUCCUCCUGUUUUGUCAUGUAUGCUUCAUGUUCAGGGAAGUAUUUUGCAAUUUCCAGUGGGUUGGAGAGAUGGUAACGGCAUCAUCUCUCUGGGAACAGCUGCUGGUACAAAAGCUUUAUCAAACCAGCAGGAAAACUGAUAUUCUGCCUGAUAAGACACAUUGAAGUACAAAGCUGGUGUAAACGUCUUUUGAGCGAGUAGUCACUAGAUCCUACCGAAACUUGAAAUGGGGCUCCAUUGAUAUGCAGUCGAUAAGCUAUGAAAACAGAAAAGUUCUAAUGACUGUUAUAACUGGAUAUACCAUACACACAUGAAGGGCAAUCUUCAUGUAGCCUAUGUUGUUCUUGGAUAGCUUAGGAGUAAAAACUAAAGAUAUGUACAAAAACCAAGGUGUUCUUCUGCUGCUUCUCUUUGUAGUACAAGGUGCCCAGUCCUGUCACAUUACUGUAGAUUCUUCAAUCAUUCCCAUCGGUUCCCCUUUAUCGGCUUCCUGUGAUUGCCCUCACUUAGGAAAUGGGAAAUAUGAAGUCAUCUGGAAACUAGAUGAGGAUUUUGUCCCAUGUAAUCUAUCCAGCAAUGCUCAGACAAGCACAUGUUCAGCAUACAUUGCAAGCUUCAACAAGACAUCGGGAUUGCUCCAGUGCUAUGUCAGCAGUAGUGAGGGACUUCAGCUUGUGGACCAAGUUACCAUAAGCGCUGGUUACCCUCCAGCUCCACCAACCAACAUCAGCUGCCUAACGAACAUUCACAAAAACAUUGUCAACUGCACAUGGCAACUCCAGAAACACUCACUCUUGGAAGAAAAUGUCACAUUGUCAACGUUCAAGUCCUCAAACAAAUGUAGCACUCAUUUAAGUAGUGAAUACAUAUGUAAUCCCUCAAAGGGGGAACAUUUUUGUAAUAUUUCUCGUAAAUAUUUUGACAAUUUUGGGGAACUUUCAGUACAAGUGAUAGUGCAAAACAAGAUUGGAUCUGCUACCUCAUCUCGUCUUUGUGUGGUCCCACUACAAGAAGUAAAGCUUGACCCAAUAGUUAUUAAAGAUACCAUUCCCCAUAAGGACUGUGUUACUUUACAAUGGACGUAUGGAAGAAAAGCAGAAUUUUUAAAAGAUAUGAGAUGCCAGUUUAACUACAGAAAGGCUGCAGAGAUGGAAUGGACUGGGCCUAUAGAGGUACCAGUUGAUGUGAAAACAAUAGACCAGUGUGGCUUGGUAGGGGGUAUCAAGUAUGAUUUCCAGAUUCGCUGUAUCCGUAAAAAUCUAACCGGGCAAUGGAGUGAAUGGGGACCAACAACCAACGUUACCACUGUAGAAACAAUUCCAACAGGAAAACUAGAGACCUGGUGGAGAAUACUGGAACCCACACAUGACAGUCCAGAAAAAAUUCAGCUACUAUGGAAGCCACUGGAGAGAAAUAAGGCCAAUGCAGAACACUUGUGGUACAUUGUGAAGAGCUCUUUAGAUGAAACAGACACCAUUUUAUGCAACACAACCAGUCUAAAUUGUACCAUCUCGCUACCCACUGAAAAGAAGAAUGUCUUCAUAUGGACGUACAAUAAUGCUGGAGCAUCUCCAGAAAGUCAGAUCACCUUCACUGCCAGGAAUGGAACACCAGUGUCUAAAAUUGAGGUGUCUUCCAAUGGUGAUUCCAGCUUGAAAGUUAUGUGGGAGCCACAAUCUUCUGCAAAGAGUUACCUGCUAGAGUGGCAUAAAAAUACAGAGCUAUCUGACUGUGAAAUACACUGGAGAGUUGAACAGGAAGGAAAAAGGAGCUCAAUUCUACAAGACAUUCAGCCAUAUCAGAGGUACAGUGUGAGACUGUAUCCCUUGUAUAAAGACUGUAUUGGGAUGGCCAUAGAAAUAGAUGCAUACUCUAAAGAAGGAGCACCAGACUACUCUCCAGAUAUCACAUUGAUAACUGUCAACAAAUCCCAGGCGGCAGUGCAAUGGAAGCCAAUUCCUGUGCAAAGAAGCAAUGGAUUCAUUAACUACACAGUUUUUUGGACUGAAACAAGUGGAAAAGAGCAUAGUGCAACUCUAGAUGGUUCAGCAACAAAGUACAUUAUAACAAAUCUGCUCCCGUCAACUACAUACCAAGUGUUGCUAAGCAGCUCUACAUCUGAAGGAAGUGUGAAUGGAACUGGUUUAAUGCUUCACACUGCUGCCGCAGAUAAUGAAGACAUCAAUAUGAUGCUCCUGAUUUUUAUCCUGUUUGGAUUCUUUAUUAUCAUUGUCAUGGUUCUUACCUGCAUUAUGAAACAUGAAAGGAUGAAGAAUCGGUUCUGGCCUGUUGUUCCAGACCCUGCCAAUAGUCAAAUGGGAAAACGAGUCUUCUUCUUGGAAAAGACUCCCGAGAUGACGUUUGAUAUAAGUGAUGUUUCUCAGAUCAACACAAGUGAACUUAGAAUUGUGGAGGGAUGGAAAGAAAAGAAUCUACCUUUGGAAAAUGGAGUCAAGGAUAACUGUUUUGAAGAUUAUGGUCUUGCAUGCAAUACACAAACAUCAUCUUCUCCAGAAGAUCCAAAUAAGCCAAAGUAUUACAUCAAUGUUGACACGGUCCAGUAUGCCAAAGUGAUCACAGAGGGUUACCGUGAACAGAGUCCUCCAACUUCUGUCUAUGUAAGAUCUGACUCCACACAACCUCUUCUUUGUGAUGUAUCACCGAGCCCCCAGAAUUAUGAAAACACAUGGUUCCACUUCAGCAGCCAUGAGGACAGUGUGUUCUUGAUGGAAGAGGAAACUUUGAAAGACUUUCCUCUUUUAAAUGCCUUGCAGCUCCAUGAGGAUUAAGAUACAUUCAGUGGGUUUCAUGAAGAAAUUUGCAGCAAUCAUAUCUACAUAUAUAAAACUCAACGUGUGUGUGUGUGUAUGUAUGUCUGUAUGUAUGUAUGUGUGUAUGUUCCAGCAUCACGUCCAAAUGGCUAAAGAUAUUAACAUGAAACUUGGCACACAUGUUACUUAUAUGUCAACAACAAACAUAGGAUAGGUAAUUUAACCCUUACUCACCCCCCAUUUGCCAGGGUCGGGGUUUUUGUUUAAAGUCCCAUAAAAGUCUAUGGGAAAUAUAUCUUACUGCAUAACUUUCAAACGGCUGGAGAUAUUUCGAUAAUACUUGGUCACAUGUUACUUAUAUGUCCACUUAAAAUAUAGGAUAGUUAAUUUAACCCUUAACUACCCCCAUUUGUGAGGGUGGGGUUUUUCGUUUAAAGUUCCAUGCAAAUCAAUGGAAAAUGUAUGUUCCCACAUAAUUUCCGUACAGCUGGAGAUAUUUCAAUACCUGGUACACAUAUUACGGGUCGUGAUAGGAGGUCGGGAUAGGAGGUCGGGAUUGGAGGACGGGAUAGGAGGUCGAGAUAGGUUGACGGAAUAGGAGGUCGGGAUAGGAGGUCAAGAUAGGAGGUCGAGAUAGGAGCUCGAGAUAGGAGGGCGGGAUAGGAGGUCGCGAUAGGAGGACGGGAUAGGAGGUCGGGAUAGGAGGUCGGGAUAUGGGGUUGGGAUAUGACAACAAUAUUUGAGGACGGGACAUGAAGUCAAAAGCUUCCUCUAUUGAUUUUCCUCCACAACAAGGAUUAGGAAGGAAAAACUGGGCAACGCUGGGACGGGAUAGGAGGUCGUUAUAGGAGGUUGGGAUAGGAGGUCAAGAUAGGUGGUCAUGAUAGGAGGUCGGGAUAGGAGGUCAGGAUAGGAGGUUGGGAUAUGAGGACAGGAUAGGAGGACGGGAUAUGAAGAUGGGAUAUGAGGUCAGGGUAUGGGGAUGGGAUAUGGAGACGGAAUAUGGGGUUGGGCUAUGAGGAUUUGAACAUACCAGUUCUGUUGAGGUAGCCAUACACUUUCAAUAGUUGACGGCGACUGAAGACAGGAGAAGUAAGCUGUUGAAAGACACCUCUGGCAGCACCUUAUCUUUACGAGAACAUAAAGUUCAAAAGGUAGAAAUCCAACAUGCAUAACCCGUUCUCUCCCCCAACAUUAUUUGUUGGUGAAUAGUCAGGAACGAGUCAUACACUUUAGACAGUCAGCUAACUUUUGUCUAAACUGUUCCUUGGAAUACUUUAUACUCCAAGGUUGGUUUCAGACACUUUGCUAUAUGAGGUGUUAGCUGUCAUCACACAGGAGGUUCCUUGGUCGAAUAUUAAAAGGGAUACUCUGGUGGAAAACUUUUUUUUAUUAACUGGUGCCAGAAAGUUAAACAGAUUUGUAAAUUACUUCUAUUAAAAAAAAAGGGUGCCUCCAGCUGUUGCAUUAGUUGCAGAUUGAUCCCUCCACCCAUUGAAGCAGACAGGCUCCCUGUCAUCAGCUGACUAGUGAGUCAGGUCUCGGCUGCAUUGCAAGCUGGGAAAAAUCCGAGACAACAGUAAUUUUGUAUGCUGGUAAAAAUAAAUAUUGUAGUGAAUAUCACAGAAGAAUUGUGAGCAAACCGUCACACACAGGUACAGACACUAUAUUAUGAACUACACUAACUUUACAGCCCCUGUAGCAUAGUCAAAUAAAUAAAAAAUCCUGGAAUAUCCCUUUAAUUUUCUGGCACCAGUUAAAAAAAAAAAAUGUUUUCCAGUGGUGUACCCUUUUAACUCCAAUAGCAUUACAUGGCUUUGCAAAAUCUAUAUAUUUUCCUUCCCCCACCAUCCUGUAUUUGGAACUGUGUAAUAAAGUAAGUAAGCAAGUCAGUACUCUGUGAUAAUUUUUUUUGCUUCUAUAGUGCUGCAUAGGCCAAUAAUAAAAUAGAGGUAAUGGAGUAUGCCUUGUGUAUACCCUGCGUAUAUUUCCCCUUUGCUAGGGCUCUCCUAAUGCAACCUACAUUUCCCAUUAUACCUUUUGCUUUGCAGAGACAGAGGGGGCAGGGUCUCAUCCAUGCAUCAGGCCGUGCAGCAAGUGAUAGAUGAAUUACAUAGAUCUUCUGCCCCCUAACUUACAA